AUGGAUGCAAUUCACAUCAUAAUGGCAACAUCAGCAUCGGCCAAUCCUCAUAAUAUUCCAAAUGAACGGAUUGAAAAUAUUGUGAGAAAGAGAAAAAUAUCGGCAAUUACAUUUCUAAUUUUCGGAAUUCUCCUGAUCGUCGCCGGAUCGCUAUUAGCCUCAUUCGAAAGUCAACGAUUUUCAGUGUCGUUUAUUGUUUUCGGUAUCAUUGGAAUCGUAUUCGCUUUUAUGUAUUGGAUAUCAGCAGAGAAAAUUCUCAUUGCAGCAAGAAAAUAUAAUACAGAUAGAAUGAGAGAAAUACAAUUACAAGCUCAAAAUCCCAGUGUUUUUCUGUUCCAAAAUGCAGAUAAUAGAAAUCUUGCACAAACAACGCGUACUGGUUUACCAAGUUAUGAACAAAGUGUCUCACCUCACGCCGAAAUCCCACCUCCCUAUGAGGAAGCAAUCAAAGCCAAACCUUCUGAUCAAGAAUCUAGUCAAUUAUCUUCAUCACCAAUCCCAAUUCGCUCCAUAUCAUUAUCAGUUGAUCAAGCUGCAAAUGUCUCUUCUACACCAAAAAUGAAAAGACAUGUCAGCAGUUCACCAGAACAACCACAAUUACUUUGGCUAAGGCACUUUUUCGCUGGUGUCUGCGCCGGUGGUGUUGGUCGAACAUGCACAGCGCCGAUCGAUCGCCUACGAACUUUCUUCCAAGUUUAUGGACUGGAUUCACACGGGCGAAUGACAAUCAAAGAUACGUUUAUUUUGAUGAUUAGGGAAGGUGGUGUUCGGUCAUUGUGGCGCGGAAACUUAAUGAAUGUGAUUAAAGUUUCACCCGAAACUGGACUAAGAUUAAUGUCAUACGAAACAUUCAAACGAUUACUCGGACAAACGACAACACACGAAAUCGAUGUUUUUCAAAAAUUUCUCUGUGGAUCAGCAGCUGGUUUCACUGCUAGUGCAUUGAUAUAUCCGAUGAAGACAAUCAAAACGCGUUUGACUAUACGUAAAACAAAUGAAUAUAGAUCAAUUGCCGAUUGUAUUUUAAAAAUCUAUCGAGGAGAAGGUCUACGAGCGUUUUAUAAAGGCUUACUGCCAAGCGCAUUAGCUAUUCUUCCGGCGAGUGGCAUUGAUCUUGCGUUAUACGAAACGUUAAAGCGACGUUUAGAAGCUUAUCAUGAACAUCCGACAAAUCCGAUCGAAAAACUCAUCAUUGGUAAUGUAUCAAAUGGCAUUAGUCAAUUUUUUAUUUAUCCACUGCUAAACGUUCGCACGCGACUUCAAUCUAAUGUUGACCGAAGCGAUACGAUGACACAAAUCCUUAAACGUCUAUGGACACAUCAUGGAAUCCGAGGUCUUUAUAAUGGAUUUUCUUUACAUAUGUUACGUUUAGCACCAUCAAGUGGAAUAUCAUUUCUAACUUUUGAAUAUGUCAGCAAACUGUUAGGUGCAAAAGCUUUGUAG